AAUAUAGAAACGUUUCAGAAACCGUAUUGGCAUUUACUUUAUCUUUUAAUAGAUAAAUGACGAUUUACAAGAUCGAUUUACAUAUUUAUCUAAAUCUGCCAGAAAAUUAAGUAAGUAAGGAAUGUUUAUUGUGUUAGUUGCUAUGGAUAAAUGGUGAUAAUCACUCUCGCUAAGUUUCAUCGCAAAAUAGUGUAAAAAUAAUUCAACAUGUGUUCACAUUGUUCUUCUGAAAAACAGAAUUUAUACGAACACGUUCAGGAAGCUGUUGCAUUUCUCAAGAAUAAUAUAUCCAAAGUUCCCACUGUUGGAAUUAUAUGUGGAAGUGGAUUGGGAUCGAUUGCUGACACAUUGAUUAAUCCGAUUUUCAUAAGAUACGAGGAGGUACCACAUUUUCCUGUAGCAAAAGUAGACGGACAUGAAGGCCGAAUAGUUGUCGGUGAAUUGAAUCGUCGUUUUGCAAUUUGUAUGCAAGGUCGAGCUCAUUAUCACGACGGUUACCCAUUAUGGAAAUGCACGAUUCCAGUGCGUGUGAUGCAAGGUCUAGGAAUUACGCAUUUGAUAAUAACGAACGCAGUAGGAGCUAUUAACCCAAAUUAUGAGGUUGGAGACAUUCUUAUAGUUAAGGACCACUUAGAUUUGAUGGGUUUGACCGGAACGUCUCCGAUAUCGGGCCUGGAUGACGAUCGACUCGGACCGAAAUUCUUAACUGUGACUGACGCCUAUGACAAGGAAAUGAUAAAGGUGGCGAAACUGACAGCCGAGAAGCUCGGUAUCACGGAUAUUGUUCGAGAAGGUGCGCUGACGUGCGUGGGUGGACCGUGUUUUGAGACGGUAACCGAGUGUCGAAUGCUCCGAUUGCUGGGCGUGGAUGCGGUCGGAAUGUCGAACGUACCGGAAGUGAUUGUCGCACGACACUGCGGCCUGACUGUUCUCUCUUUUUGUCUUGUCACCAACAUGGGCAAUCUGGAUCACGAAUCGUGUGAAGCCAUUUCCCACGCCAGCGUGAUCGAUGUUGGCGCACGGAGGAGUGAAGUAAUUAAGAAAUUCGUCGAGGGUAUAGUACAAAAUAUUUAAGAUAAAUGUAUUAAAAAUGAUCUACUGUAAAAUGAAUGUGGUUUCCAUUUGCAUCAUGAAACUGUGUCCGAAGUUCGUUGAGGUUAGGGAUGAGCCCAAAUGGUGUUCAUCUUGCAGUCUUGGUCUGGCCAAACAUAAGUAAAAUAUGUUGUAUUUUUAUACGUGUUAUAAUUAUAAUCAUCGAAAACAUUGUUUUACAAAACACUGAUUUUGAUGAUUGAAAUUGUGAAACUCUCAUCUGUCUCUCCACUUAACUUUAUAAUAAAUUUUUAUUUCAAA